AUGUCGUCGUCGUCGUCGCGAUGGCCCAGCUCGACGGCGCGGCAGGCGCAAGGAAACAACGUGAACACGGCGAGCUUGGUGAACCUGAAGGCAGAACUUGCGCGGAAGCAGGAGGAGUACGUGCGAGAGAAAAACGACCCAUCAGCACGGGAUGAGCGGCUGCAGCAGCGCAAGUCGAAGCGUGCAGCGGGCUGGAUCAAGCAGAACAAAGGCGUGUUGGAGCGGCACAGGCGAGAUGUACUGCAGCAGGAGCAGGAGGGCCAGAGCCUAGUACAGGUUGAAGCGAAGCUCAAGGCGAAAGCGGCGCUCUAUGAACGGUUGAGGCAGGGUGACAUGACCCCAGAGGAACAGGAGAAGUACUUGGUGGACUUUGAGCAGAAGAUCCUCGACAGGCUGUGA